UGUGCAUGUGCAAGUCGAUGACAAUAGUAUCUUUCUUAUUUUUGAAUAGUUCAUCAGUUCGUGCAGUUUUGAGUUUUAAGUAAUUUAAUAAAAUAAUGACUUCCCAAUAUAUUGAACUAAACAACGAUAGAGAAGAUCUAGUUCCUGGCGCCAUGGGAGAGAGCUUUAGUAGAGCUGUCCAACCAGAAGAGUUGGCUGUGUUCAAGAAACUGCCGACGAAUACUCUCUUGGACAACAUCGAAAUUCCAGAAAGGCCUGAAAAUCGGACACCCACCGAUCGAAAAUUUAUUAUUGUCUUUGCAGUCGCGAUAAUAAUUCUGUUUCCGUUCCUUAUAUACACCAUGGUGUACUCUGAUUUUAGCCGUUUUAAGGGCUAUGACCAAUGUGGUAAUGUCUGUGGAAAGCAAAAUAAGAAGUACGACCAGUGGUCUUGUACUGGAGCAGAUUACACAAACUUUCCGUAUUUACAAUACGAGACCAGCGAUAGACAUUUAACAUCGGAUGUUUUAUUGUUAACCAGUAGAAAAUGUGUUGCACAGUGCGAAAGCGGACAUGUUAAAGUAGGUCUCUACUGUUACAAGGACGGCUCGCAUUCAAGUUUUAAUUCUCGGUACAACAGUUUUAAUUCUCGUUUCAAGAGAGAUACCUACGAAUCUGUGGAAGAGAUUGAAGCAGGUCUAUCUGCUUUCUUAAACAAACAUGCCUGGAGAAUUGUAUUGGCCUGUUUUCUGUCACUAGGUGUUGGAAUGAUAAUGUUGUUCCUGUUUAAAACCGCUACAGCUGCAGUUGUAUGGGGUAUUCUAGGAGGAGUUCUAGUUUUUGGAGGCAUCCUUGUAGGGCUGGCAUGGUACGCCUACUUCAAUUUUGAAAAACUAGCUAACAACGACAAGGAUGUUCAAGUGAAGGGCAGCAAAGAGGGCGUUCUAUUUCUUGCUAUCUUCUUUACCAUUCUUAUAUUGAUCUUUUUGUUGGUGGGUGUAUUCAUGUUCAGAAAAAUCCAAUUGGUCAUUCAGUUACUGAAGGAAGCUACCAAGGCCGCUUUUGCUAUGCCACAAUUGCUGUUGGUUCCAAUAAUUACGUUCCUUGUGGAGCUGAUUAUACUGGCACUAUUAGUUUUCACUACAGUCUUCAUGGUCAAUUCAGGUGUUUUAACCGAAUUGAUACCAGACUAUUUGUACUACAAACAAAAUAUUGUGAUGCAAAUCGCAAUGGGUUUUAACGUUAUCAUUGCUUUCUGGAGUACACAGUUUAUCAUUGGGGUACAAUACAUGGUUAUUGCUGGAGCUGUUGCAAAAUGGUACUGGUCGAAAAACAAGAACAACUUGGACAGUCCAAUUUGCACCAGUACUGGAGUUGUCUUCAAGUACCAUCUUGGUAGUAUUGCAUUCGGAUCUUUUAUAAUAACACUAAUUGCUAUCAUCAGAGCUCUUCUUACUUCUUUGACCAAAAACAAGGCAGUAAAAGCAAUAGUCGAUGCUUGCAUUGGAGCACUUGAAGAUUUUCUCAAGUUCCUGUCGAAAAAUGCUUACAUAUUAAUCGCUAUGCAUGGUAAACCUUUCUACAAAUCUGGUAAAAGAGCCGCUAAAAUUAUCUUCCAGAAUGCUGUUAACAUUGUUUCUAUUAACUUUGUUGGAGAUUUCGUAUUGGGAAUGGCACAACUGUUGAUUGUGCUAAUUUCUUUACUGAUUAGCGUUGGACUUAUGCGUGGUGUUAAGAGCGAAUGGGAGUACGUUGUUUACUUGAUUGUAUUCUUCGUAUCGCUCUGCGUUGCGAUUACUUGCUUCUCAAUAUUUGAGACGACAAUCGACACAAUCUUCCUCUGCUUCUGUGAAGACAGCCUCUUGAAUGACGGCAUGGCCCGUCCAUACGCCAUGUCUCGUGACCUAAUGGAGUUCGUGGAGAAUUCCAAGAAGCUGUACGGCGAGAAGAAAGACUAAAACUAAACUUUUAAACAAACUCGUGACGCACAAGUCAUUUAUAAAAAGAUAUACCAAGCUGUUCGUAGCAAAUACACACUAUGUAGUCAGCCAUACUACGUUAUUAUAAUUAUAUAAUAUAAAUGUGUAAAUUGCUGUUUUAUACAACACUCGAUAUUGUAGGCAGUAAGGUAUGUUAGUUUUGUUUGUCUUUUUAAAACUAUUGAAAUGUUGAUCUUAUUUGAAACAUUUUUCGAAAUACAUAUUACAUUAAUUAGACGUUUUAUAAGCACAUAAAAUAUGAAUGGAUAUGUUUUUGACGUGACAAGACAUCCCGUAACGCCACAGUUCGUAACCCCACAAAUUCGUAACGGCGACAAUUCGUUACUCAAAAUUGAAUUAUUCUGUUGAUUUUUGUUAACGUGGAAUCUAACUUUUAUUAGAGUUACAAUUAUUGAUAUUACGUUUAUUAAUUUGUCAAGCCAGCAUCAGGAUAAACAUUUUUAACAUACUUCAUAUUUCGUGGAGAAAUAUAUUUUUUUAAAUUUCGUCUUAAAAUGAAUACAAUCUAGUUAUGCAAAUUGUAUAGAUUAUUAUAGUGAAUACAUUAUUAUUAAACUGUUUUUAUUUGUUUUAUUAUUUUUAAGAUUUAGUUUUACUACUUUAAAGUGAUAAAAAUAUAUUUUUUUAAUUCUUUAGUUGUCAUUAACAAAACUAUAUGCAAAAAUAUGUGUUAAAUAUUUUUAAAAAGAAGUGAGCUUAAAAAAUGUAACAUUUUACUUUAAGUGUAGGAUUGUAUGCAAAAUGCAUUUUUGUAUAAAUUCAGUCAUACUAAGUUUACUAAAAAAAAUUAAAUGUUGCCGAUAUGAAUUAUACCGUUACGAAUAUGUAUAGUUACGAACUGUCGCCGUGACGAAAUGUCGCUGUUACGAAUUGUCCGUUACCAUGUGUGGGGUCACGGACUGUCGCCUUACGAGAUGUCAUGGAACCGUUUUUAAACCGUCCUUUAAAAUUAAAUAAUAUAAAAUAUUUAACUUCUUUCAUAUUGUUCUUAUGUAAAAAGCGCAUAAAUUUUUGUUCGUUUAAAUUUUAGGGUAUGAUAUAAUUGGAAAAAAACGUAUUAUUUUUGUCUGGGAGAAGAGAAUUUAUAGAACAUAAUAAUUUUUUUAAUAAUUUUUCAAUUUAUUUUUUUUUAAGAAUCUUUGCGUUUAUUUUUAAUUUGCACCUAUAUUGGAAAGUGAGUUUUCGUUUUAUUUAAAAACUUGUUUUUUUCUAUACCUACUUAAGAAUAGACUAGAAUACUAGAACAUUAUAGACAUAUUUGCCAAAAACGCCUUAACUUAUAUCACUUCCAUACUGUCUUCGGAAUACAGUAAUGUAUAUUAAAAUGUUUGCACAAACUACAAAAACAACAAACUUUUUCUGUACCUAACAAAAAUUUAUGCCUUUCACUUUUGAUAAAAUGCAUUCUUUGUUAUAAUAAUAUAUUAUAUCUUUGCUUGAUGUUUCAAAUUUCUAAUACUGUAUUUACAUUAGGUACGAAUAUUUUUAACAAUGUUUUUUGUUACCCAAUAUAUAUGUAAACCUUGUCUUAAAUAUUUUGUAUAAUAAACUAUAAACAUAG